AUGUGGAAUUCAGCAAGCUUCACCACUCUCCACAACGGCGACGCCCUCUAUGACGCAGCUUUCGCUUUCAUCCAUGUCCCUUUCACCUCGCAUGAACCAGCAGCUUGGUGCACGAGCUCGACCGCACAGACGUCGAGUCGUACAUUAUCCCCGGCGGUAUUGUGUAUGAGCGCUUCUUCGACUGCCCGCUCGACUACUCCAAGCCCUGACAGCAACGAGACUGUGCGCGUGUUUGCCCGCCAUAUUGUGCCCUUGGACAAGAAGGAUGACAUGCACAAGCUGCCGUUCAUGCUGUAUCUGCAGGGCGGGCCUGGCUUCGAAGGCGGCUGGUAUAAGACCGCAAUCGAUAACGGCUACCAGAUCCUGUUGCUCGAUCAGCGUGGCACCGGCUUCUCUUCGGCCAUUAGUGCGGACAGCCUAGAUGCCAAGUUCUCGACGACCGAAGAAAAGGUCAAAUAUGUCGCUCAGUUCCGCGCCGACAACAUUGUGCGCGACAGCGAGCACAUUCGCAAGAUUCUGUGCGCUGGCCGCGACGACGAUACCAGCAAGUUCGCGCUGCUGGGUCAGUCGUUUGGCGGAUUCUGUAUCACCACGUAUCUGUCGAUGUUCCCGGAGGGCAUUUCCAAGGCCUUCAUCACCGGUGGAGUGCCUCCUUUGGUAGACAGCCCGGACCAGGCGCACGAUACACCGCAACAAAGCAGUACUUAUGGCAAGUACCCGCGUGAUAUCGCCCGCAUCAAGCAGAUCAUGCUCUACCUCAACGAGCAUAACGUGACGCUGCCGGACAGUCGGAAACCUGUCUCCACGCCGAUUCCAGCAGCUCGGAAUCAACUUUGGGUUCACGGGUGGCUUCGACAGCGUCCACCAGCUAGUCGUCAAGGCUACCCACGAUCUGGAUACGAAUGGGAACUCCCAGCCAGUGGUCUGCACACCGGGAGUUUGCCCAUCACGUCGAGCGAGAUUUCUCAAAAGUCCGAGGACGAGCCCGUGUACCUCACCGGCGAAACUGUCUACCCGUGGAUGCUCGACGAAUUCCCGGAGCUGCGCCGGACUGAAGGAGAGUACCAGGGCUGGGGCCAGCUGUACGACGAGAACGCGCUGCGCAAGAACACUGUGCCGGUUGCCGGUGUGUCGUAUUACAACGACAUGUUCGUCGACUUUUACCUCAGCGAGAAGACCGCACAGACCGUCAAGGGAUUCCAUCAGUGGGUCACCAACGAGUACCUUCACAACGGCCAUGCGUGCUGA